AGCGGGGAGCGCGGCGAGAGCGGGAGCCCGAGGGAGUGGCGGGAGCCUCGCAGCCUCUGGAAGCCGCGGCCCGCGCCCCGCGCCCCGCGCCGCCCGCAGCCUCCGGGUUCGCAGCCCCGGGAGCCGGGCUCCGCUCUAUAAAUAGCAGGUCACGGCUCUGCUCGGCGCGCACACGCUCCCCGGGAACGCCGGAAAGUCGGGCUCAAAGUGUCUGCUGCUGCUGCCGCCCCCCACUCCGCCUCCGGGAGAGAACCCAAAGAAAUGGUGUUACCUGGCAAGAGAUCUGCACUCUCUUAUGAAAAAUCAGACCAAGAGCUCUGAAAUCAGCAAAGCAAAACCGAAGAGCAGAGCUGUUUGAGGAAUACAACAAGAGAGCAGAAUUUCAGAGUGGGAUAUCAGGUCUUUAGUGUGAAGAUACGUCGAUACUAAACCAGGAAUCAUUGGCAGUGACAUUUGGACACAAAAUAUUAGAAAACUGAAAAGUAAGCAACUGUGAAGGUUGAUCAUGGAAAUCAAAGAGGAAGGCACAUCAGAAGAAGGCCAGCACUUCCUUCCCACACCCCAGGCAAAUGAGAGUGGGGACUUCCACUUGACAAGUAUUCAGAAGAUGCCAAAUGAACCGCAGUUGGAAUUUAUCCUUGCUUGCAAGGAUCUGGUGGCUCCUGUCCGCGAUCGGAAGCUGAAUACCCUGGUGCAGAUCUCUGUAAUCCACCCCUCGGAGCAGGGACUGACAAGAUACUCCAGCACGGAAAUUGUGGAGGGAACAAGAGACCCACUGUUUUUGACGGGUGUCACUUUCCCAUCUGAGUAUCCCAUCUAUGAGGAGACCAAAAUAAAACUCACAGUCUAUGAUGUCAAGGAUAAGUCUCAUGAUACCGUUCGAACCAGUGUCCUGCCUGAACACAAGGAUACCCUGCCGGAGAUUGGGCGGAGCUUCCUGGGCUAUGCCAGUUUUAAAGUGGGGGAGCUACUGAGGUCAAAGGAGCAACUGCUAGCCCUGAGCCUGAGAACUUCAGAUGGUGGCAAAGUUGUUGGCACCAUAGAAGUCAGUGUCGUGAAGAUGGGGGAGAUUGAGGAUGGGGAAGCCGACCACAUCACGGCAGAUGUGCAGGGACAAAAGUGUGCACUUGUAUGUGAAUGUUCAGCAUCAGAGAAUGUGAGCGGAAAAGACAACUUACCUUUUCUGAAUGCAGUGUUAAAGAACCCGGUGUGUAAAUUAUAUAGAUUUCCCACAUCUGACAAUAAGUGGAUGCGAAUCCGGGAGCAGAUGUCAGAGAGCAUACUUUCUUUUCAUGUUCCUAAGGAAUUGAUCUCUCUUCACAUAAAAGAAGAUUUGUGUAGGAACCAGGAGCUAAAAGAACUUGGUGAACUCUCUCCUCACUGGGACAAUCUGCGGAAAAAUGUCCUUACUCACUGUGAUCAAAUGGUGAAUAUGUACCAAGACAUUCUGACAGAACUCAGCAAGGAAACAGGGUCCUCUUUCAAAUCAAGCAGCAGCAAAGGAGAGAAAACAUUAGAAUUUGUUCCAAUAAAUCUACACCUGCAGAGGAUGCACGUACACAGCCCUCACCUGAAAGAUGCUCUCUAUGAUGUUAUCACCGUGGGAGCCCCAGCUGCCCAUUUUCAGGGAUUUAAGAAUGGUGGUCUUCGGAAACUACUCCACAGAUUUGAAACGGAAAGAAGAAAUACUGGCUACCAGUUUAUUUACUAUUCACCUGAAAACACAGCCAAAGCAAAGGAAGUUCUCAGCAACAUUAAUCAACUACAACCUCUGAUAGCAACCCAUGCAGACCUACUGCUUAAUUCUGCAAGCCAGCAUUCUCCAGACAGCUUGAAGAAUUCUUUAAAGAUGCUUUCAGAAAAAACAGAGCUUUUUGUUCAUGCUUUUAAGGAUCAGCUGGUCAGAAGCGCUCUGUUAGCACUUUACACUGCCAGGCCAGGAGGCAUCCUUAAAAAGCCACCCUCGCCUAAGAGCAGCACCGAGAGCAGUCCCCAGGAUCUACCCCCACCAAUGAGAAGGCAGGACUCCAUUCCCCAUCAUUCAGAUUACGAUGAGGAAGAGUGGGAUAGGGUGUGGGCCAACGUGGGGAAGAGCCUGAACUGCAUUAUUGCUAUGGUGGACAAACUGAUUGAAAGUGAUGGUGGUAGUGAAGACAGCGGUGGCAGCAGAGAUGGAGAGCAGGACCUUUCUGUCGUGGACUCCAUUAAAACUCAUCCAAGGGAGGACUGGUAUGAACAGCUGUACCCCCUCAUCCUUACCCUGAAGGACUGCAUGGGGGAAGUGGUGAACCGAGCCAAGCAAUCCCUGACCUUCGUACUCCUUCAGGAACUGGCCUACAGCUUGCCCCAGUGUCUGAUGCUGACUCUGAGACGGGACAUCGUCUUCAGCCAAGCACUUGCUGGAUUGGUCUGUGGUUUUAUCAUCAAAUUACACACAAGUUUGCAUGACCCUGGCUUCCUACAGCAGCUUCACACGGUGGGAUUGAUAGUACAAUAUGAAGGACUGUUAAGUACAUACAGUGAUGAAAUCGGAAUGCUGGAGGACAUGGCUGUUGGCAUUUCAGACUUGAAGAAAGUUGCAUUUAAAAUAAUUGAAGCCAAAUCCAAUGAUGUGUUGCCAGUUAUAACAGGGAGACGUGAACAUUACGUGGUGGAGGUGAAGCUUCCAGCGAGGAUGUUUGAGACUCUACCUCUGCAGAUCAAAGAAGGGCAGUUACUGCAUGUACAUCCCGUACUUUUUAACGUCGGAAUCAAUGAACAGCAAACUCUUGCUGAGAGGUUUGGAGAUGUUUCUUUGCAAGAAAGUAUUAAUCAGGAAAAUUUUGAACUUCUAAAAGAAUAUUACACGAUAUUUAUGGAAAAGAUGCCUCCUGAUUACAUUUCACAUUUUCAUGAACAAAAUGAUUUAAAAGGAUUAUUAGAAAAUCUCCAUCAAAAUAUCCAAGCCAAAAAGAGGAAGAAUGUAGAAAUCAUGUGGCUAGCUGCAACGAUUUGUCGCAAACUAAAUGGUAUUCGUUUCACCUGUUGUAAAAGUGCCAAAGACAGGACGUCGAUGUCAGUGACGCUUGAACAGUGCUCCAUCCUGAGAGACGAGCACCAGCUGCACAAGGACUUCUUCAUCCGAGCACUGGACUGCAUGAGAAGAGAAGGAUGCCGCAUAGAGAAUGUACUGAAGAAUAUCAAAUGCAGAAAGUAUGCUUUCAACAUGCUACAGCUGAUGGCUUUCCCCAAGUACUACAGACCUCCAGAGGGGACUUAUGGAAAAGCUGACACCUAAGUUUUCCAACAUGUAAAUAAACAGGAACACAAAUACGCUUCAGUUGGAUACUCUCUACUUUUUCAUUUUUCUUUUUUUGUCAUGAAUUUGUGGAGGGCGAUCAUCAGGGAUGUUUGCCCAAAUCUAGGAAUUACUUGAAUUACGGUUAUCAGCAUAUUACUCUGAAAGAUUCAUUUUUUAAAAAUCUUACAUAAUAUUGUCCUUUCCAGUUCUAAGUUUCUAUGUGUUGACUCUUGCUGAUUGAAAUCAGCUCGGAACAUGUAACUUUCAUUCAUGGGGUAUUUAAUGAAAGACAUUCUGAGGUAACAGGUGCCAUGGGGGACUAGCAGUGACUCAGAGAGCAGUGCUGUCCCUCCACAAUGAAGCUAGGAGAGUGUGACAGGGAGAGGGACUUUGUGAAAUGUCCCAGAUUUCCUCACACAUACUCUUAGAGCCCAUUUUGGAGGUUUAAAACAUAUUUUUCUAGUGAAAAUGUGCUUCAGCACCAAUUUUUAAGUUUAUAAUUUUAGCGUUUGCGAAAAGCAGGAAAAAAUAGUGGCACGUUACUGUGCCCAGAUUCUAAUAAAUACAGCUCAACUGAAACCCAAACUGUUAAUUUAACUCUGGCAUGAUGCUAAGUCACCACAGAUGUUUUAGGUGUUUGAUUUCCAAAUAGGAUGAUGUAUCAGUUGUUAAGUUUCAUAUUCAGGGCGCCCUGGGUAAUCUUGUAGGAAAUCUAUUAACUUAUAUCACAGAUUUAAGAAACUGAUCUGAGACAAGCUUUAAUCAGCAAUUACCAAGGGAAGCAAACUUUUUGAACUCAAGUUGUCCUUAAGAGCUGGAGGCUUUACAAAUUAUGCAUUACUGAAGAGAAUGAUUUGCUCAGAAUGGUGUCACUGAUUGAAUAUUUUAGUGUGAAUUCACAUUCAUUUAGCCGCCCGUAAUCUUCAAAGUCUAUGCUUCUUCACCCCCCGCCCUGCCCCAUAUUUAUUUUUCAUUGCUAUAUAAAGAAAGCUCCAACAUAUAACUUUUUUCUUUUUGGCGGUUUUAAGUCAGAACUUUCCAAGCAGAUACUCCCUUUAGCAAAAACUGUCUUUCAGAACAGGAAAAUAAAAUUAAUGUUUUAGAUUUUGCAAACCAAUUAGGUACAGAGUUAAGAUAUGGAACUUUGGAUUUUAUUUCUAGCCAAGUAAGAGAAAGCCUAAAGCAUUUCUGAUGUCAAAGAAGCAAAUCAUCUGGCUGCUAUAACAAGGAAGUAGGAAAACAUUGUAAGGUAAUAAUAAUCCCCCAAAAACACAUGCAAUAAGUUCUCCUGAGCUUGAACUUUUAUAGAUUACAUGAAUAUUUAGAAUUUUAAAUUAAAAACAGAAAUAAGACUCACAAUUAAAUAGAGUACCCAGAGAAAAUGAAUAUUAAGGGAGAGAAGACCUAAUUCAAGUGAUGUUGCCUGAUAAACCGUAUAUAUGUAAGUAAACAGACUUAUUUAAGAUGUUGCAUUUUCACACUCAUAGUAUGAAUACAUUCACAAUUUUCUUAAAACCAUCUAAAUUAUUCCAAAGGACCCAAUCCAACAGUCUAUCUUUAAUGAUGACUCGGUGCAGUACUAUUAAGUAGCAAGCAAUAUUGACCCAACUAUUGGCAAGAUUGCUAUAUUAUCUAUAUAGUUCUGUGAUGCUUUUAUAUCACUUUCAAUUUUUAAAAACAUUUCACGUCAAAGAACUUUCAAACUUUUAAAAGGCACACCCCAUGUGUCUAUAAUUAUGUAAGACACCCAUGUCACUGCACACGUUCAAUCCUUUGCACACAUAUACUUCUCAUGUGAAUAUUUCAUUAUUUUAUUUAAUCUAACAUCUAAUUUUCAGAUUCUUGUGGUACUUAUGUGAAAAGUUGGCAUGUGUUUUCUUAUGUUAAGUAUAUAUUCUAGAUGAACCAACAAUGUGUAUUGCUAGGAAAUGAGGCAAAAAUAGGUUAGAUUAUUUUAUAUUUGCAUUUGGAGAAGUAUUAUUUUGUUUUAUUGUUCUGUGGAAACCAUAUUCAUUGUACACUGUGUGUAUUUUUUGUUUAAAUAAAUGUGAUUUUUAUUUUUUA